CGGAAGGGUGGUACCUGUUCAAUUUCUGCAAACACGUCUUCUGUCGUCUCAAGCCAGUAAAAACAACAUGGAUAUGUGCAGGUCCUGCUGGAGAGGCGCGAUCAGUCAGUCUUAGGCCAUUUGAUCUGCAGUGAGGACGUUCAGACGCGGAUCGAACCUUUACCUGGAUAUACGCGUCCGUCAGGUAAACGCUGAUUCACCGUUUGGACACUUUUGGGUGCAGUAGUUGACUUAAAGAACAGUGUUCACCAUUACCGCCUCCUCUGACCUCUUUGCUGUCCAGCACCAUGAGUGGUCAACCACGGAGGAUCCGUCUGAAGCCAUGGCUGCUGGCACAGAUCAACAGUGGGAAAUACCCAGGACUGCAUUGGCUCAAUCAAGAGCGUAAACUCUUUCGGAUCCCUUGGAGACAUGCCACCCGCCAUAUGCCUACCCUGGAGGAGGAGAACACUAUAUUUAAGGCUUGGGCUCUGGAAACUGGCAAGUACCAGGAAGGAAUAGAUGAGCCAGAUCCAGCCAAAUGGAAAGCUAACCUCCGCUGUGCCCUAAACAAAAGCCGGGAGUUCAGUCUCCACUACGAUGGCACUAAGGACACCCCCGUGCAGCCCUAUAAGAUCUAUGAGGUGUGCGAUCAGUCAGUCAACGGAGAUGCCGGAGAGGAUGAGGAAGAAGAGCUACAAAACUUUGUCCACCUUUCCAUUGAUCCCAGAGUGGGCAAACUUUCCAACUACCCAGCGUACCCUCCUAGAGUUGAAGUUCCCUUUACUUCUCCCAUUGGCGACAGUUAUAAUCCUGCCCACCACAAUCCUCCAAUGAACCUCAUAGGAGACAUUCACAAUAACCCGAAUGGAGGUGCUUCUAUGGUCGCUCAUCUUGCCCAGCCUAGCCCUGUACCUUCUGAAUUUCCCAGUCAUAGAGCUAUCAAAGUUGAACAAGGAGCAUUUCCUGUCCAUGGUGGCGGACUGCCGAAUGGUAUGGGAAUGGGAACUGGAGUCAUACCGCCUCCCGUUCUUCAAGAUGUAGUUACUCAUCCCGUAGGACCUCCAGCCAUAGUGGACAGCCCGAUGCAGGAGGUGCCAUCUCAAGCAGAGAACCAGAUUCAUCCCUGCAUCUCAGAAUUGCUGAGCAGCCCACACAUGCUCCCAUUAACUGAUCUGGAUAUCAAGUUCCAGUACAGGGGUCGGACGGCUGGUUCUCUGACCGUCAGUAACCCUCAGGGUUGUAGACUUUACUACGGUAACCUGGCACCGACACCGGAGCAGGUGGAGCUGUUUGGUCCAGUCACACUGCAACAGGUGCUGUUUCCAGGAACGGCUGAGAUCCAAAAUGAGAAGCAGAGGUUCUACACCGAUCAUCUGCUGGACGUAAUGGACCGAGGGCUGAUUUUGGAGAUCAGGGGACAGGAUAUCUACGCCAUCCGGCUGUGCCAGUGUAAAGUGUUCUGGUCUGGGCCAGGUGUACUCGAGCAGGGUCCACCCAAUCCAAUGGAAAGAGAGAUAAAGAUCAGGGUCUUCAGUCUGAACAACUUCCUUCAGGCUCUCAUUUUGUAUCAGAAAGGAGAGGCGCCCACUCCACCACCCUUUGAGAUCUACUUCUGCUUUGGGGAGGACUGGCCAGACAGAAAGCCAAAGGAGAAAAAGCUCAUCAUUGUCCAGGUUGUUCCAGUUGUUGCCAGAAUCCUUACCGAGAUGUUUUCAGGCGAGCUCUCGUGGUCUACAGACAGCAUUCGGUUGCAGAUCUCCAACACCGAUUUAAAAGACCAGACGGUGGAGCAGUUCAAAGAGCUUCACAGAUUUUUGCAGAGUCAAAGUGCACAUCCCAACUGGGCCCACUAACUGAAAGGAGAGACCAUUAUUAUAGUUCUCAUUCAAAUUUGAGGUCCUUUCGGCACCUUUGAACAACAAAAUAGGGAGGUGGCCUCAAAUUUGCCUGAGUGAAAACAUUUCUAUAGGAUAAACUGACCACUUGACAUUUCUUUUCUAACAUUUUGUUUGUUGUCUUUAUGUAAACGUGUCUUUUAAAAUGAUGUUUCAAUAAAUACCAUUGCAGUAUUUUAAA